UGAGCGAUGGUGGUCUAAUAUCUCUAUGUUCAGGAUGAUUGUAACGCUACGCCGUAGUGGCGUCCACCAAAACACCGCCGCUGAUUCCAUUAACAGGCAUCGGGCCAGUUGGAUCCGACCUCCCUUCUCUCUACGACUCAUCCUCAUUUCAUCCCGACGCGGGAGCACCCCUCUUCUGACAGGCUUUGACUAUGCGCCUCUCCCAUUUUGAGAGUCAUUAGCAUAUGACCGCGAGGCGGCGUUGAAAGCAGCUUGUAGACAUAGUUCCCCAGAUAACUGCCGCAUGAUGAGGUUGCCAGAAGAAAAUUGGAAUCUGGCGUAGUCUCUUGAUGGUAAAGGCUGGUCAUUAUGGCAUCCCAUUCCGAGUUCGACGACCUGCUCGCCAACGGCAUCGCCCUGUACGCCACCCUCUGGAGCACGCCGACGUGCGCCACAGCAACGACGUCAACAACCACAAGGAUGGCAUCCAGCAGUUCGAUAAUCACAAAGAGGGCGUACCGCGCGGUCCGGUGAGGGACACGUACUGGUUAUGCUCGAUGUCGUGGGGGUUUGCGAAGCCACUUCUGGACCUUGACCGGUACUGCCUGCCCAUCAACAUCACGUACAACAACACGACGGCGCAGAGCGAUCGCGGCUGGAGGCCCUGGAGGCUGGAUGACGUGCUCGAGGGCCAUUUCUGGGUCGACUUCUCCAACGCGUACCUGACCGAGGCCGCCAAGGCCUCGCAGGGGAGCCGUCGUGGCCACGUCGUACUUUUGGCUGAAUCUUCACUGGCAACUGGGAGUGGGCGGCCGGCAUCUCAGAUAGAUUCGGCACGAGGUGGAGCACCAUACAAGCAAAGCUCUUGUGGCGUCAUGCAAUCGAUGCCUUGACAAAGCCGCACCCAACACACGCAUCCCACUCGUACUGUUUCCGUCGAGAACGCAUCUGUCCAGCUCGUGUGAUUGCGACUGACAAAAAGCAGCAGCAAACAGCAGAGAAGAAACAGAGGGGGAUUUAUGUGGGUUCAGAAAGCAAAAACAAUCGGAAUCUGCCUCGAGGGCGAAUCGAACGCCCGAUCUUCUCAUUACGAGUGAGACGCUUUACCACUGAGCCACCAAGGCUGUUUUCAGAUCCUUGCCACUUUUGGCAAUCUUGCACGUUAUGACGCCGUGCCAGAAUUGUGAUGGAUACUAGAGGGUAUACUGCUGUGGUACGUGGUCGCGCGUGUCGAAUCAUGG